AACUAAAAAGAUUCGUAUCGAACUCGCAACUUAUAAAUAGCUUAAAUGAAGAACAGUUACCAUUACAUUAUUUAAAUCUUGACAGAGAAAAUGCCGAAUUGUUCCAGAAGGUGGCAAGAAAUUUGGCGGGAGCGGAUAGAUUGGGAUGACAGCAUAUCCGACGCGGUGUACAUGAGCUGGAAGAAGUGGCUUCGAAUGUUACGAGAUCUGGAGAGUAUAAGUAUACCACGCUGCUACGGAGCUACAUUUGCUAAGGGACCCGUCGAACUACACGUGUUUGCGGACGCGAGCGAGGCAGCAUACGCAACUGUUGCAUACUGGAGACUUGUAGACGAUCACGGCAAUAUCCGACUGGGUUUCAUCGCUGGUAAAACUAAGUGUGCUCCAAUUAAGCUGGUAUCUGUUCCUCGUCUCGAAUUGCAAUCAGCAGUGCUCGCUACGCGCCUCAAAAAUAGUAUUAUUGCAAGUCACGACAAGAUCCCAAGUAGGGUUACGAUGUGGUCUGACUCAAAAACAGUAUUGUCUUGGUUAAAAUCGGACCAUCGGCGUUACAAGCCCUACGUAGCGCAUCGGGUAAACGAAAUUUUGGAUGGCAGUGAAAUUAAUGAAUGGCGAUGGGUACCCAGCGCACUUAACCCAGCUGACUUCGGAACGCGUCCCAGAGAUGGAAAGCGCGUGUCAUUCUGGAUCACAGGUCCGAGCUUUUUACAGCAAAACGAGAACAACUGGCCGCCAAAUGCAUCUUGUGAACCUACAGACGUUGAGCUGCGCAACAAAUUCACGAUAUUAAUAAUUAAUACUAAUACUUCAUUUUUUAAGAGAUUUUCGUCCUUCAACCGACUGAGAAGAGUAGUUAGCUGGAUGUUGCGAUUUCGGGAAAACUGUCUCAAGACAAAAGCGACACGCGUUUAUGACGACUUGAAGGUGUUCGAGUUGCAAAAAGCCGAAACAGUAGUCUUACGAUCAACGCAGAUGGAAGAGUUUGCGGAUGAAUACCAUGCCCUGCGCAUGGGCAAGCGGAUAGAGAAGGGUAGCGCGUUGUGGAAGCUCAGUCCCGUUAUGGAUGCGGAGGGCGUCAUAAGACUGGGUGGUCGAAUAGACGCUGCCACCACGAUUUCAUCAUGUACGAGACGCCCGAUAAUCCUAGCUAAGCGAUGCUACGUAACGGAGUUGCUGAUAGAUCAUUACCAUCGCUCCUGGAAACACCAAAACGAAUCCACAAUAAUUGCCGAAAUACGACGCAAGUACUGGAUCCCUAAUAUAAGGGUCGAAGUGCGUCGCGCCACUAAAAGAUGCCAGUUUUGCGUCAAUGCAAGAGGCGUUCCAGAUCAACCAGAAAUGGGCCAAUUGCCAGUAGACCGGCUGACACCAUUCGUUAGGCCUUUCACAUACACCGGCUUAGACUACAUGGGACCGUUCAACGUUGUCAUCGGUAGGCGAAACGAGAAGCGCUGGAUCGCCCUCUUUACUUGCCUAACAACGAGAGCGAUACAUUUGGAAAUGGCGAAGGACCUCUCCACCGACACCUGCCUGUUAUGUAUCAGGAACUUCAUGUGUAGGCGUGGAACUCCUGUGCGUAUCCGUUCGGACAACGGUACGAACCUCGUUGGUGCUGACAGGGAGCUUAAACGACAGCUUAUGGAGUUUAAUAAUGGCAAAAUAGCAAAUGCGCUUGCGAAUAAAAACAUUGACUGGGUUUUCAAUUGCCCGUUGAACCCGCACGCUGGAGGAUGCUGGGAACGUUUAGUACGCUGCGUCAAAAGAGCUAUGGGUCAUGCAGUACAUAACGAAAGUAUUCAAGAACACGUCCUAUACAGUCUCAUGUGUGAGGCGGAGAACAUCGUUAAUUCCCGACCGUUGACACACAUCCCACUAGACGCACCCACUGAUGAACCGCUAACUCCCAAUCAUUUUCUUUUAGGUACCCCAAACGCUGAGCAAAACGCCACAUCCGAAUGAAGAGCAGUUCCAAGCCACUCGCAAACAAUGGCGUAAGGCCCAACAGAUGCAAUACCGAUUCUGGAAGAGAUGGGUAGAUGAAUACCUUCCUGACCUGACCAGGAGGACGAAAUGGUACCAGCCAGUGAAGCCUUUGGCCGUAGGCGACGUAGUCCUCAUAUGCGAUAGCGGUGUUCAUCGAACGAAGUGGCUUAUGGGGCGAAUAAUGGAAGUAUUUCCGGGCAAAGAUGAACAAGUCAGAGCUGCACGGGUCCAGACUCAGGUGGGCAUCUUUAAGCGACCAGCCUGUAUGUUAGCAAAACUCGAAGUUGGUGAAUCUAGCUAGAUUCACGGAGGCGGGGAUGUUGAUGCGGCUGUAGCAGUGUGUUUGUACCCUUAGGUUGAUGCGGCUGUAACAGUGUGUUUGUACCUUUAUGUCAUUGUAUUUUAUCGAAAAUGUUGUAAUCCCAUCACUAACCAUAA